GAGUUCAGCAGCUACACCUCUCUGGGACAGAGUCAGUUCUCGCAGUACUAUGCUCUGCCUCCCAGCUACACCCCCGCCGGGCUGCCCAGCAGCGAGGACCCUGGGGCCGCUUUGGGAGCGGCCGGAUAUUCAGCGAUAAAGUCAGAGCAAGCCGCCUCUGCAGGUUUACCUCCCAGAGAUGCGUCCCCUCCAGAGAACCUCCCAGCUGGGGCAGCCCUCCCCACCAAUGUGGCCCUCCCCCCCGGAGCCAGGGACCAGGACGAGGUUGGACGCAGGAACUCAGUAGGCAAAUCCAAAGGGAAAGGCAAGAGGCCCGACAGCUCCCCGCCUGCUGACACCGACCUGGAGCGCAUUUUUCUCUGGGAUCUGGAUGAGACCAUUAUUAUAUUCCACUCACUGCUCACCGGAUCCUACGCACAGAAGUUUGGCAAGGAACCAGCCACAGUGCUGAACCUGGGCCUGCAGAUGGAGGAGCUGAUCUUCGAGCUGGCAGACACCCACCUCUUCUUCAACGACCUAGAG